CGCGGGACGACGGGCUCAGACUGAGCCCGAGCGAUCGCGGAGCGGCGGCUCCUCCACCACCUUCUCCUCUUCCUCUUCUUCCUCCGCUGCUGCUUCCUCCUCCUCUAUCGCGAUUUCUUUCUCUCUCCCCGCCCCGCCAUGAGCCACCGGCACAGCUCUCGCCGCGGUGCUCCUCGGCCCGAGAUGCUCCCCGAGAUCGCCGCCGCCGUGGGCUUCGUGUCCAACCUCCUGCGGACACGGGGCUGUGUCAGCGAGCAGCAGCUGCAGAUCUUCAGCGGAGCCCUGCGGGAGGCCCUGGCAGAGCACUACAAACAUCACUGGUUUCCUGAGAAACCCUUCAAAGGCUCUGGUUACCGCUGCAUCCGGAUCAAUCACAAAAUGGACCCAAUUAUCAGCAAGGCAGCGAGCCAGAUCGGACUCAGCCUGGCGCAGCUCUACCAGCUCCUGCCCAGCGAGCUGACGCUCUGGGUGGACCCCUACGAGGUCUCGUACCGCAUCGGGGAGGACGGCUCCAUCUGUGUCUUGUACGAAGCAACUGCAACCAAGCCUGCGAGCUCCUACGGGAUGCUGACCUGCAAGAACCAGAUGAUGUUGGGUCGCACCAGUCCUUCCAAAAACUACAUCAUGACUGUCUCCAGCUAAAUACUCCUCUUGUCCUUACACUGCCAAGACACGGGCUACUGUAUACCUCACCCGAGGAUCUAUUUUUAAGAUGAAGAUCUAUUUAUAUUUUUUUUAAAAAAUCCAAGAAAAUCCAAAAUUAAAAGAUUGAGCACCGCUUUGAGCAGAAGCGGUGUUCUCGGUGCCUUUUUUUAAAGCUGUUGCAAGCUUAUGAGUUUUUAUUAUGAAGCCAAUAUCUACCUAAUUAGUGUUGGAUGACAAUUUUGGGCUGGCUUGCUCAUUUGGGCAGCUUGGAAUGGAGGAAGAGGGGGAAGAGCCAUUCUGGGAAGUGUGGCUUGGUGGUGGGAGAUGUGUCACCUUCACACCAUCCUGGUACCCAACAGUAUUGCUCUACUGCCAAGUAUUGCAGUACUCUUGGAGAAGGGAUGAAGGAAGUCUUUACUCCACUAAUUUUUUUCACUCCCCAGCUGGUCUAAUCUCUGCACAGCCUGGAGACAGUGUUGGGAAUUUUUCCACAGGGCUAGGUGAUGCUUGGGACCCUGGGAUCCCUCACCUUUGCUCUUGCACAUCUCCUUGGGACGCACUUACUCCGUGUUGCAGCUCUGCUCUGCCCCACUCUUGGCACAAAAAGAGGGGAAGUGUGGCCUUUUCCAGUCCCUCCAACUCUCCUGUCUGCUGCUGGACUGAAGGGGCCAUGCAGGUAUUAGUGUUCUGUGGAGCAAGGCAGAGAUGCACUGGGGGACAGGCUGUGCAGAGAAGAUCCCUGAGAUGAGCUUUGUAGUGGUGGCACUGGGGUGCUGCCUUUGUCCCUGGUGCUGUUACCCACUGCAGGCUGCACACAGAGCUCCAGACCCUGAAUCCAGCACUGAACAGCUGUGAAUUACCAAACCUUUCUGCUCUGUGGGGCCAAGACAUCAGCCCACAGCUGCCCUUGUGUGGCCUGUCCCUGCUCCAAGAGUGGAGUUUGGCCUCUUGCUUGUAAGAGUUGCCUAAUCCCGUGCUGACAACUUGCAGUCUCACUUCUCCAGAAGAGCUGAAGCAACUUGCCUUGUGCCCUAGAGGUUGGUGUGCCCUAUCUCUUUGCCCUAUCUCUUAAAAUCAGAAGUAUUGGGAGUCUCUUCCCUCUCUAUUUGGGAUCCUCAGAUGCUUUGGUGUCCUAACAUUGCUUUUAGAGCCACAGCACUUCUUGCCUCUCUUCCUGCCCUGGGUCACCAGCAUCUGGCUGUCCCUGGGAGCUGUCUCCACUGUUACCUUGGUAAGGGGCCUGGUUUGGGGCUGAUCUCUUGGUACAUAACUUUUGCACAAUUAAUGCCUGGUCCUGUGCUUUGUCUGUGCAAGCAGAACUCCUCUUGGAGUCCCAGGGGUACUUCUUUUCAGGGAGACUUUGCCCAAGUGUUCAGGAUUUGGCUCUUAAACUGCUCUGGGCUCCCUACAAAUGGGGUGGGAAAUGAAAGUGCUGCCCCCAGAGCUUUGCCUGUUUGGAAUGAGCCUUUACCAAGAUGUUGUAUGUCCCUUGCCUUUUUACUAACCAGCUGCUGUGCUCCUCCAGUGAUCCUGGGAGAAAAAGCAGGACAUUGACACAGUGCUUUGUAAUGAAACUUCCCCAGGUUUGUCUCUCAGCAUAAUUUUUUUUUAACCUUCCUGUUUUCUGACCUGGCAGCUCUCUGGCAUAACCAGAAUUGUUCUUGCCCAACUUUUGAUGAAUCAAGUUCUCAGACAUUUGUGCAAUAUAUUUCCAAAUCUUGGGCGUGCUGGGAGAGGAAGGAAACUUCCCAUCUGCCACAGUUUGUAGCUUGUUUCUUCAAUACAUUAAAAAAACAAAACAAAACACACCAACAUAAGUUCAGCACAGCUCCCCAGCUCUUAUUACUUAUAUGGAAAAGUAACCUUGGAGUUCUCUAAGUUUCAAAUCAUGAAUUCCAGAACUGGAAAACUCUCCUCAAUUGAUAGAUCCUUUUUAAAACGUCAAGUGGUGAGUUGUUUGUCCUUGAGCAGUAAUAGCAGUGGCUCAGAAGUUGCAUCACUUCCCUCUGCAUCACUUGAAUUUCUCAUGUCAGCAAAGCAGAAGCUGAAAUGAAGCACUGGGGCUUUUCCCUUGGUGAACUUGUGCAAUAGGUGACCUCACCAAGAGGGGAAUACUUGAGAACUUCCAAAAAACAAAUUCCCUUUUCAAGGAAAAGGGAUCUUGGUGCUUUUUGGAGUCCUCACUUAACCUGCUUACGUGGAAAGCCCAUGAUGAGAACUGCAUCCAGGCUGAGCAAUGUUUGCUUUGCUGGGCUCCUUGGCUGGAUGUGGAGUUUCCUGAAGGCUGGUACUUCCUUGGGUUGUAAUUUGUCAGGAUCAAAGUAGUCUUAAGAUUGACCUCCCCCUUUUUACUCUGUUCCCUUCCUCUUAUCAGGAACGAUUUUCAGGAACAACAGCCCACACCAAAGGAAUACACUAUAAUUGUUCUUAAUGCCCCCACUUCCAGAACCAAAAUAGCCAAGUGUCAUUCUUUUUGUCCCUGGUGUGGAGGAGUCUGAUGUUAAAGGUGUCUGGGGUUUGGUUUGUUUUUGGGGGGUUUUUUGUUGGUUUUUUUUUUUUUUCUUCAAAACCAACCCAAGUUGGGUGUAAUCCAUUUCUCUCUUGUAGCUGGUUUCAUGUAUAAGCUGUGAAUUAGUGUGCUCUGUUGCCUUCUGCCUACAAGCCUGAUCAGAGCUGAAUGGUGUGGAUAUUCAGACAGUGAAUUUGAGGGGUUUCCAGUCUUUUUUUUUUUUUUUUAACAAGCUGGACUGUUGAACGGGACCUGCUUUUUGUAUUUGGUGAAAAUGGUAGGAAGUUUGUAAGCUACACUUGGAGGGAGUGGAUGGUUACUAAUUGUAUAGUAGUGUUUUUAUAUACAGACUGUACAGAUCCUUUGACAAAUGUAUGCUUUUGUUACUUUAAUAAAAAUGUAGCAGUAUAAAUGA